GUGGGACCGAUACACGGGAAGGCACAUCUUCGCUCCGUGAUCUCCGGCUACAAGAUUUUCGGAUCUGUCGCGUCUGCUCCGACGACCGGCUCGGUUAGUCACGCCGGAUUCGUAGGGAAGGAAUCUGUCGCGUCGCCGGUCCAAGAUCGACCUCCUUCCUCCCACGCUAUCGAGUUUCGCUGGAGCGCCGAUUUGGAAUCUCUUUCGAGUGCGGGAUUUAUCUUCUUUUUUUUUUUUUUGUUCAUUUCCGCAAUCUUUUUGGGAAGAGUGCGUUAUAAUGCGCAAUCAUCGAGUCGAUUGACGCGAAGCAUUUCGUUCUCUGUAAAAUUUCACAUAGCUGUCAAAAAAAUGAAUCUUUUAUCUUGCAGUUUAUGAUCGACAUUGUUCGAACCGUGCGCACGCGGUCAUCUGAUGUACGAAGAUUUGCGGAAAAUUGGGCAACGAUAAAGUGAAUUGAGUAAACUUACGAGUGACAAGGGAGGAAUCUGUCCAGUGGUUUUAGCGAAUCGGAGCGGAAAACUCCGCGCCUCGGGACGAAACCGGCCGGGAGCGACUCGGACAAAGUUAACAAGAAGGAAGAGGAGUUAACUAUAUCGAAUAUAUAUUGGAAACGCUAUGUCCUCGCUGAGACCAGUGAUUUAUUAUCUUUUCCCGAAAAGAGGCGACAGCUAAAUGGGAUAGAGAAAAGAGCGCUGUCGCGAUUUUACAGCGAGUAUCUUUGGCCUCGAUCAACUUCACUUUUGAUCAAUUUCUUCAUCUAUAUUGCGGCUGUAUAAUCUCUUCAUCUAUAUUGCUGCUGCAUUAUCUCGAAAGGUCGUAUCUUCUGCAUGAAUAUUGAUUGAUAUUUAACGGACACAAGCGAUUGUUUGAUGGAGAAUCUGAUGAUGCUGAUAAUCAUAUGUAUGUAUCCACGUCACGCGAGAGAGAAAUUUAAUUAAAUCGCCGCCGAAGACAAUUUCGCGCGUGAUGAGGUCGCGGGAGAUCGAACACGUGGACGAUCGGUGCGCUUUGGCUUUGAGCGAUCGAGUGCAGUGACAACUCUUCUUCCUCUCGACGAAAAUCCGUGAAAUGAUGACCCUCGUGACGGACGCGGUGCCCUACGCCUACGAAGCUACCGCGAGAUCGCCCUACGACGGUUACCGUCAUCACUUGCAUCAUCACCAUCACCAUCAUCAUCAUCCUCAUCCCCACCGGUAUCGGCGUGUUUACGCGCCGACGGAGUCCGAGUAUCUGCAGGAGGGAUUCAUCGCCACUCGGGUGGACACGGAUGAUCGCGCGAGGCUUAUCGGCAAUAAUGCCCCGACGUCAACCGGCUCCUUGAAUUAUCGCAACGAUCGAAUCAGAUCGCAGUCCCGCUACGCCCUCGAUUCGGACGAUGCCUCGUCAGUGAUAUCGGCGGACGCUUCGGCAGACCUCGAGUCCGGCUCCGCGGACGCUGAUGAGACCAACGAGACUAGCGAGACCAAUGAAACGAACGAGAGCGAGUCGAUCGAGCACGUGCCGCAUCCGCACGUUUUGGACGCUGGUUCGCCGCAUGGACCGCGAAGAUGCCUUCUGUGGGCCUGUAAAGCUUGCAAAAAGAAGACUGUCACCGUCGACCGGAGGAAGGCCGCUACUUUGCGCGAGAGACGACGCUUGAGAAAGGUUAACGAGGCCUUCGAAGUGCUUAAGAGGAGAACGAGCAACAACCCUAAUCAGCGUUUACCGAAAGUGGAGAUAUUACGGAAUGCUAUCGAGUACAUCGAGAGUCUCGAGGCGCUGCUGCAGGGAAAUCGACCCUCCGGACAUCAGGACCACCCUUCCGUCGAGAAUAUGAAUGGAGAGUCGUCGCAGUACGUGACGGACAGACUUCGGCAAUUCUCGGAUCCUUUGGCGAGGUUUCAACCAAUUAACGGUUUCGAGCAAACCGAGCAAGCAUUGUCUUCCCAGAAUAACGGCAGCAGCUUGGAUUGUCUCAGUAUGAUUGUGCAAAGCAUUAAUGGACCGUUACAACCGUCAUCCGAGAAUCAUUAUUCACCUCAUCACUGAAGUUGUACAAUAUCGAGUCUUGUUGAUCCCUCUUUGGAUCAAGCCUUCCUUCUUAACUUUUGAAAUGCAUGUCACUCGAGUUUUCAAUUGAAUGUGCAUGUAUAUACGUAAAAAUCCGACUAUCUUUUUCGAAACAUUUUGCAUUGUGCAGGAUGUUUCAAAAAUCAUUGAAAGUGUACUUUUAUCGAUUUGCAAAAUGAAGAUAAAGAUGCUGAGAUCCGUCAAUAAUAAAUUAGAUUUAUCUAAUUUAAAAAAAAAAUUAUCUAAUUAAAAAAAAAAAUAAAUAAAAAGGAGAAAGCGUGUCUUUAAACUAAAGGAAUUUCUAGUCGAGAAGAAGUAUGUACAUGAUUUCUGAAAUAUCGUGUACAUUUUAAUCGGUCUGACAAAUUCGCAAUGGUCUUUUUUUUUAUCGAAGCGAAAAUUACGGAUAUCAUGAGCGAUUAAAUUGAUAUUCGAUGGAGGCAUCCGGACAAAGUAGUAUAGAUUUCCGAUCAUCCGUCAUCAAAUCUAUGCGAGAUAUUGGAAACGUGAGAAAUAGAAAAAAAAAAAUACUUUAUCCAUAUGUAUACCAAAGAGAAAAUAUUUUAAAAGAUCAAUUCUAGAGAUUUUCUUUCCCCUUUGCGAAAGAACUUAGCUUAAUGUUAAUUAUAGCUACUAUUAUAUAAAGAGUGGAUGAUGACAGUUUAUAUAGCGAAGUAAGAGGCCAUUAUUUAAAUAUUUGCAAUAAAAACAAAAAAAUUCGCGUUUUGUUUCCAAUAGGAUUUAUAGAUUUUUAAAAGAUUAAUUUCUUUUUUUUUUUUCCUCGUCUCUGACUUUGAACGAUAUUAAUUUAAAACAAGUGCGAGGAUUCAGAGCGAUGUAAUUGCCAAAUAUUAAUUUAGAACAAACGCGAGAAAUGUACAAUUUAAUUGCCAAAAAUAUUUUUUGCGCUUUCAUACUUUUCGUACUUUCCUUGCUACCUCUGCAACACCUGCAUAGAUGAAGUCUACUAUCGUUAUUUUCAAAAUUAGUUUUUAUCUUCAUAAUUGUAAUUAUCAUCAAAAAAUAUAUUUCUUCUCGCGAUAUAGAACUUCUUUCUCAUUAAAUGUAUAAAGUUCUUUUUCUUUGCGUAUAUAUGCGUUGUUUUGCAUUUCAAUUUGAAAAUUAAGGAUUUAAAUACGUGAUAUUUUGGCGGAAAAUCUCUGUCUUAGUAUACAAUUUUAGGCGAGGCGUUUGUGCCUUGACACAUCAACAAAAUCGUUGGAACAAGUCGUCGAACUUCUCAAGUGCCUGCGAGAUAUAUGAUAUCGAUCGCGUGGAGUGUCUGUGUAACCGAACUUGUCAUCGAAUCCGCAAUGAUGUAAAUAUGCGGAAUUACGAAACAAUAAAGAGGAACGAAGGACGGA